UGCUGAAAAAUGUGGACGCACGUGUGAAAUUUGUAGAAAAAUAUUAAAAUUUAUUACAAAAAUUAAAGAAAAUAUAUUAUAAAUAAAAAAAGUGUUAAGAAAUUUUAUAAAACUAUGGCGGAGCAACAACAAAAAACUAAAAAUUCAAACACCUUCCGGUUCAAAAGUUUUGCAGAUCGGGUUAAUGAAAUCGAUCUAAGACGUUUGGCUUUAUACCAUAUAGGCCAUGAAAACGAGGAACUGCCGGAGGAAGAAAAUGAAACAUUUUUCCAUCAGACUUUAAAAAAAUGGAUGGUUUUAAAUCUAUCCGAGGAAUAUUCUUUAUUUUCCCGUAAAGUCAUCAAGGUUGUGACAUUACCGCAACUUUUACAUCAAAAAGAUUUUGUGGUGGACUUGCUAUUGGAGAAGUUGGCUUGUGCUACUAAUCUAUCAUUACAACCCUUGCUGGAGCUGUUGUAUGUUUUGGCCAGAGAUCUAAGAGAAGAAUUCUAUCCUUAUUUCCAAAGGGUAUUGGAUCGUUUGAUAUGUUUGCUAAAUACCCAAGAUGCUGAACAACUGGAAUGGACUUUAGUAUGUUUGGCUUAUUUGUUUAAGGCUCUUAAGCCUUAUUUGAAAAGAAACAUAGGGGUGGUGUUCAAUUGUAUUCUACCUUUAUUGGAUGAGAGACGUUAUGAGGAACAUGUAACCAAUUUUGCGGUAGAAUGUUUUUCUUUUAUUGCUCGAGAUGUGCGAGAUUAUGGCAAAUUUUUGGAAUUUAUAUUAGUGACCAUAGUACGCGAACAGGUGGAAAGUGUUCAGGGUUGUGGUCGUUUGCUGUUCGAGAUAAUGCGCGGUGUUAAAGGACAAUUCCAUUCUAUAGCGGGUGAUUUUUUGCAGUUUAUUUUUGAAUCUUUGGUAGAGGAUAAGAAAAUUAAAACCAAACAAAGCCAACUGCUAAAUGAUAUAGUGGAACACUGUAUUAGCCAGAUACUUAAGUUUAUACAACCCCAACAAAUGUCUUUGUUUUGGCUGAAAUUGUGUGAAGUUUCUAAGAAUUGUUUAAAUCCUGCCAAAUUGCAAAAUCUUUGCCGUAUAUUCCUGCAAGUGGUGGAGUUUAAAGAAUGUCGCUUUUUAGCCGAAAUGGAUGUUAUUGUACCCUGUCUGUUACACUUAGUAGAUGUAGCGGGUAAACAUGUUGCUGUUUGUUACGAAGCUUUAAGAACUUGUACCCACAUUAUUAGCUGCAUUUUGUUAUCGGGUUCUUCUUUGGUCACUCAAUUGGAUACCAGCCGUUUGCUGAAGAAAUCUUUAAGCAUUAAGGAACGUGAAAUUUAUGCUGAAUUUGUUAAACAAAUGACUACACAUGUGCAAUUUGAAAUCUUUAUCUUGCCUAGUUUAGUGCAGCAUUUUGAGGAGUUUUAUGAUAAGCCAGCCUUUGAGCUUUUAGCGGAUGUACUUUUAAAGAGACAGCCUUUACAGUUUAAUGCUUUAAGUGCCCAAAAAUGGCAGCCUUUAGAUAUUAAAGUAAAAUCUGCUGAAACUUUAAAAAAACUAGAGCAAAACUUGAAAAAAUUUCAAGUAAAUCAACAACAAAUGGAAGAGCAAUUAUUAAUGUUGCUAAUAGCUCCUCAUUUGAAGGGUUUGCAGCAGGAGUUAUUAAAAAAACCUUUAAGUGCUCUAAUACAAAGUAUAUUAAAAGAUCUGGAGAACAAUGCUAAAGAAAAUCAACUAAAUUUACUGUGUCUUAUAGUAACCAUAUAUGUACAAAUGAAUUUUAACUUAAACGCUCAAACUGUUAACACUUUAACGCCUGUUUUGAUACAAAACUGUAACAAUUUAAAAUGUUUGGAAGUUUUAAAUCUUUUAAUCUUUAACUACCCCCAAAUGUUUAAUGGAAAUACUGAAAUACGCUUAACUUUAGCUCAGUUUUUGGCACAUCAUGAUCAUGAAAAACGUUUGCUAGCUGCUCAUACAUUAUCUCUAAUGUUUAAGGCCCAAGAACAACAAACACCUUAUCAUAUUUUCUAUCAAGCGGAGUUGAUAGAACCCACGGUACAUAACUAUCGGGAACAGGUUUUGCUGGUGCAGAAAUUAGAAACCCAAGCUGAGUUAUUUAAACAAUUUAAGGAAGAUUUCUAUAAAGAAGAUUGUGUACGUUUUCUUUUGGGUUUAUUGUAUCAUAAUUUCAAAUAUGUUUGGGAGCCAGUUUUAAAACUUUUAGAAGAUUAUGCUAAACAAUUGGAUGUGGGCAAAUUUUGGUUAAUUUAUCAGGAAAAACUACAAUCAACACAAGAUAAUAUAGAUAAUGAAAAUAGCAAAAAUAAUCCAAAUUUAGUUGUUACACAAACUUGGCAGUCUCAGGCCUUAAAUGAUUUAUUGAGUUUACAUCAGCCGUCAAAGUUAAGCCAACAACAGUUGUUUAACUAUAGAAAUUUACUAUGGCAAAGAUUGCCUCAAUUUGGUAAAUUAGUGGAAUUGAAAAAUCGUGAAUUGGUUAGCAUGUUUAUGAAAUUUGUGGAAGAUGAAUAUCAGCAGCAAUUGGAGAGCAAAGAAAACUCUUGGGAUUUGUCUAUAAAAAACGAAAACUCUUUGGAUAUAGACGAAAUAGAGGAAGAAGAUAAUGAGCACAUAUCAACACAGCAGCAGACCACCAGCUUUAAAAAGAAAACAAAACAUCUUAAUAAACUAGACUCCUCUAACAUUAAAUCUAUUUUACAAACUUUACAAACCCAACUGGCUGUCUUUGCAGCACAUCAAAAUCCUCGUGCUUUAUACCGGGAAACAGAACUUAAAAGCCUCUAUCUACGCCUACUAAAAGGCUCCAAUCAACAGCUACAAAAGUCCGCUUUAGAUUGUUUAUUUUCUUAUAAAUCUAAAGCUUUAAUACCCUAUAAAGAUUUACUUUACAAUAUGUUAGAUGAAAAGAAAUUCAAAGAUGAACUAAUCAACUUUAAAGUGGAUACAGUUUCCCUGGAACAUAGACAAGAAUUUAUGGAAAUUUUGCUUAGAUUACUCUAUGGCAAAAUGAUUACUAAAGGCUCUCAAAAGGGUUUAAGUCCUCAGCAAAGAAAAUCUAUAAUAUUAAGAUUUUUAGCUCAAUGUAGUCUUGAGGAGAUAGAAUGGUUUUUACAAAUGGCCUUUGGUUUGUAUGGAGAAUUUUGCCAAGAUUCUACCGAUAUUCUAGCAAUACCUACCCUAGUACAAAAACAAUUUAAUAUUCAACAGGUAUGGUCUCCCAAGAAAUUGCAAAGUGUGGUUAAUUUACUGGAGCUGAUACGUAAAGAAUUUGGUGGCAUUAUGCAGCAAAAGUUUCAUUAUUAUAUGCUUAAACUAUUGGUUUUUAUUGGUUGUGUUUGCAAUGAAGUGUUUUCCUUGGAUUCAUCAUUAAUUCAUCCCAAAAUGCCUUUGGUUUUUAGAAAUUUAAAACACAAUUGUCUGCAAAGUGUUUAUAACUUUUUUGAGCAUAUAGAAGACUUUGAAUGGUCUGAGGAUUUGAUUAAAUGCUUAAGUGAGGUUUUCGUUUAUCCCUCGCUGGAGAAGUUGCCAGUUGAAAGUAUACACUCGCCUACGGUUUUGCUAAAACUAUUGCUGUUAUGGGGUGAAAAACCUAAACAUUUCAAGUUCCUAAAUCAAAUUCCUCCCCACAAACAAGAGAACAUUUUCCAUUUUAUUAUAUCAUUGUUGUUAAAUGAAAAAUCUAAGGCUUUAGUGCGUAAACCCAUAAUGGCUUUGAUAGAACGUUUGCUAGUGGCCUCGGAAAAUGAAUUAGAAUUUGCUGAUGAAGGCCUGCAGCUGGUUAAGCCUUAUAUUCCUGAGCUGUUGCAGCGUUUGAAAAUGAAUUUCUCUACAAAAGGUUCAAAACAACAAUUGGAUAAACGUGAUUUGAAUGUUUUGUCGCUGUUGACUAAACAUGUUACAGAACCGAAUACCUGUGACAGUCUCUUGCAAUUGCUUCUACCCAUACUCAUAGCUAAGACACAAACUCAAAGCUCCAAUGAAGUGGUGGCACAAGUUAUAACAACUCUGGCAAAUCUAAUCAAAAGACUAGAGCGUCCUGAACUAUAUAUACGCAAAAUAGCUCCCUUAUUCGAACAGGUUCAAGAGGUUUGUGCUCGCAAACAGUUGUGUGAUCUAAUAGCCGAUAUAGCCAGGAUAAAAUACAAACAAAAUCCUUCCUCUCUAAACACACAACAAUUGAAAUCAUUGGCCCGAAUUAUAUUAUUACUAAAUUCCUGGGAUAAACGUUGGGUAGAGCAACCGGAUUAUGAAAAACGUUUGGAGGCUUUCAAGGAAAUCAAACAACAAACCGUUAGCCAACAGGGUGUUGAUUUGGAUUUGGGUAUUUUGGUUAUUUACAAUUGUUUCUAUUUCCUACGGCAUGACAAAGAUAUGGGUUUGCGUGACAAUGCCAGUGAAAGUCUUAAGUUAUUGCUGCCUCAUUUGGCUAAAAAGUAUUCUGGUGAUAAAACUCAAAUAGACUAUUUAGUGGGUGAUGUUUUCCUUAAUCUCAUACGUCGUGUUAUUAAGGAUUCUCAUGAAAAUGUGCGCAAUGAAGGCAUACGUUUGCUGGGUGAAAUGGCACGUGAAUGUCCGGAGUCGCAUGAAAUUCUACAAGAUCUUCAUGGUCUAGGCGAUAAACUGGAUGUUGAAGUAGAUUUCUUUGAAAAUAUGAUACAUUUGCAGUCCCAUCGUCAUGGUAGAGCUUUACUCAAGUUUAAUUCAUAUGCUGCCUCUUUGGAAAAGCCUCCCUGCGUAAGAACUCUAACCCAAUUUGUUUUGCCCCUAGCCUCUCGUUAUCUACUGCAAGAACAACAUGCCAGUAAACACACCCUAAUAGAUGCUGCCAUAGAAACAGUGGGCAUAGUAUGUCAACUAUUACCCUGGCAGCAUUAUCAUUCCAUACUCCGUUAUUAUCUUAUGAAAAUGCGUCUCUCCCAUGACUAUCAAAAGCAAUGUGUACGCAUAGUAGUAAGAAUAUUAGAUGCUUUCCAUUAUGAUCUAUCGCUGGCGCAAAAAGAUCAACAAACUUUGGAGAAGCUUAAGAAUGUUAUCAAAGAAAAGGCUGAAGAAUUGGAGUUGGAUAUUAAGACUUCAAAGCCAGAGGAAGAGCUAAAAGUUAAACAGGAACUAAAACAGGAAGAAGAAGACGAAAAAGAAGAGGACGAUGAGGAUAAACCUAAAGCUCAUGAAGAAGAAACUUUAGAACAAGCUUUAGAAAAACAAGAAAAUGACGAAGAAGACGAUGAUGAAGAUGAUAAUGAGGAAGAAAACAAUAACAGCAAACCCAUUAUUAAACAGGAGCCUUGUUUAAAUAAAAUCACAGUAUUACCCUCAAAUGCCUCGAAAAAAGUGUUAACUACCAUAACCACCAUAUUAAUACCCACCCUAAAUCGUUCCAUAACGGAUAAAUCUUCUUAUGAUAUUAAACAUAAAGUAAAUCGCAAACGUCUGAGCAUGGAGCGUGAAGAGGAGGAAAUCUUGAGGGUACCAAUUGGUUUGGCUUUGGUAAAAUUAAUGCAGAAAUUACCUCAAGAGUUAAUGGAUACCAGUUUGCCAGGUGUGUUUAUGAAAGUCUGUACAUUUUUGCGUUCUCCCCUAAAAUCGGUGCGCAUGUUGACCCGUGAUAUAUUAAAGAAAAUCAUGUUGUGUUUGGGCUCUAAAUAUUUACCCAUGUUAAUGGAUCAUUUACAAAAUUUGCUAACGAGAGGUUUCCAAGUCCACGUACUUUCGGUUACUGUGCAUGGAGUUUUGGAUGCUUUACGCGAUUGCCUACAGCCUCAAGAUAUAGAAAGCUGUUUGCAUAAUCUCUUAGAAGUGGCCUUAAAUGAUAUAUUCGGCGAGAUAAGUGCUGAAAAGGAAAUAGAUAAGUUGACUUCGCAUACGCCAGAAGCUAAACCUAGUGCUAAAAGUUUCCUGGUGUUGCAUAUAAUAGCACGCAAUAUACGUGAGAUCUGUUUGUUGGAUUUACUUAUGCCUUUCAAAGAUCAUUUGGCUAAAUCAAAAUCGCGUAAACUUACUCUAAAGAUACAAGAAGCAUUUGCUAAAAUUGUCAAUGGUCUGGUGGAAAAUCCUCAUAUAUCAAGAGAAAGUUUAUUGAUUUUCAUUUAUGGCACGAUGUCUGAGAGUAUAACAGAUUUAUUGCCGGGCGUUCAGAGAAGAGUACUGAGCGAACAGGAAAAAGAGAAAAUGAGAAGAGCAAGACCUGAUUGUUUUAUAAUACAACCAGUGCCACGCAAUAGAUCGGGUGCGGUUAAUAAACAAGUAAAAACAAAUGCCCAGGCUAAUGCUCAUAUCCUAAUAGAAUUUGGUUUGGAAAUGUUGCAUAUAGUUUUGAAACGUAAAAAACUUGUGGAGGUAGAUUAUCCACCCUUCCUCAAUCCCAUACUGCCGCUAUUGAAAGACUCUUUGAAAAGUACUCAUAUAAGAGUAACCACUUUUGCUUUGAAAUGUUUUGCCACUUUAUGGGUGGAGGAAUAUAAAUUGAGUAAUAUGGAGGAGCCGGAGUAUAUUAAGGCAGUGGUGGAGAGAAUAUUUGAAAUUCUUAAGAAUUUCUCUACCUUUGGAGCCUCUAAACAAGAAGACAAUUUCCAAUUAAUGAAAUCCGCUUUUAAAGCCAUUGUUGCUCUGCUGCGCAAAUGUCAAUAUUAUAAUCUAACCGAAGAGCAAAUAGAUGAAUUGGUGCUGUAUAUAGAACAGGACUUACAUGAGGGUGAAAAUCAAAAUAUGACUUUUAACUUACUCAAGGCCAUGUUAACGCGUAAAAUUGAAUCGAAAGCCAUGCAUGAUAUAAUGAAAAGAAUAGGUGAUAUGUCUAUUACCUCACACUCGGACUAUGUUAGAGAUGAGGCCCGGAAUUUGCUAACUACAUAUGUUAUGGAAUAUCCUUUACAUAAGCGUGUAGAUCAAAUUGUUAAAUUCUUUACCGUACAAUUGUGCUACUCCUUAUCCGCUGGUCGGCUCUCAGCUAUAGAAUUUUUAUGUACAAUUAUCAAAAAGUUUCCGUUAACAAUUUUAUCCAAAAGAGCUGAGUUUUUAUAUCUUUCUUUGGGUUCACGUUUGGUUAACGAUGAGGAACCAGAGUGUCGCAAAGCUGUGGCUAAUUGCAUAGAGAUUAUGAUUGGUAGAUUAGAAAAGGCCGAUCGUCAGCAGUUAUUCGAUAUGACUCUAUUGUUUUUCAAUGCUGAAAAUAAACCCUCCGUAAGAGAAAUGGCAGCUGCCUUAUGUUCUAGAUUCUUAAUGGCUGAAAAACAAUCAUUUGCUCCUAGAAUAAAACUACUGCUGCCCAUUCUAAUAGGACGUAUGAGUACAAAUUCCUCAAAACCGGGCAGAUUUGUUAGAGCACCUCAUGCCUUAGCUGCUGAAGAUUUGGAUAAACCGAAAGCCAAAAAAUCCAAAAAGACCACGAUAAAUCUAGAAAAUGAAGUACAAAAUAUUUUACACAACGAUGAUGAACAAAACGAAGCCGCAUUGCUGCUCAAACAAAAAGCCCUAGAUCAUGAACUCAUACAAAUGCAAUAUUGUUUAUUGAAAAUUUUCGACUAUUGUUCGGAGGAAUUAUUUAAAAAUGAUGAGAUUAGCAAUCUUAUAGAUGAACUGGCCUAUGAAUCGCAACGUCUUUUGGCACACGAACACAAUUGGGUGCGUUGUAAUGCUGCGAAAAUUAUUAGCCACAUUAUUAGUGGCUUUGAUCUGCCUUUAAUUGGCCGCAAAUUGUCACAAAUUGUUAGCGAAGAAGAUGAGAAGAAACGCAUUAAAAUGGAUUUCAUUUAUUUGAAUCCUGAAUAUGAUAUUAAAUCAUUGGUUUUGGAUUUAUGCGCGCAAAUGAUACCGGGUGAUACGGCUCAGCCUAUGAUUGAUGAAAUCGUUAAGAUAUUCCUUUACGUAGCCACUAUGUUGAGAGAGGUACCGUUUAAGGUUAAACGUGAGAUGGAAGUGGAGGAGGAAGUGCAGGAAGAUAAUAAAGAGUCUUUGACAAAGAUAAAUCUUAAUUGGUUGAUAAAAAAUAUAAGAUUUCUUAUUAAUAAGGAAGUGGCUAAAGCUCCGCAUAGUACUAGUAUGCGUACUGCCCUCUUCACUCUCAUUGAAGCUCUCAUCACUUUGCUAAGCGUCGAGACUUUAGAAUUAUUAGGACCUUCGCUCCUCUCCGCUCUUGUACGCGAAAUGUCCGAAGAAGAUCAAAAUAUUGAUGCAGAAUUACGUCAGCUGGCGCUACGUGUUGGCAGUCGUCUACGUAAACGUAUGGGUUCAGAUGUUUAUGACAAACUACGAGCCGCAGCUCAAAUGAAAUUAAUGGUACGUCGAGCGGAACGUAGAAAGCUUAUAGCUCAAGAGAAAAUUCACGAUCCUGUAAGGGCUGCCAAACGUAAGGUGGCCGUACAGGAACGUAAGAAAUCGGCAAAGAAACUAAAGGCCAGUGUAAUACGUGGCAAAACGGCUGAUGUUAAACAAAAGCUAAAGAAACGAAAACGUAAAGCUGAAGAGGAUUUGUUUUAAGCAGUUUUAGUUUGUAAAUUGUAAAAUUACUUUAUAAUAGAUACAGUUGUUUUUUUAUUAGAAAUAUAUAAAAAGUACAUUUUAAAAUAAAAUUUAAAUUUA